AUGGAUAGUUACAAAACACAAUGGUUGACGAGUGAGGGUGAUGAGCGGGUACGAUGCGAAUUACUUGCGUUUGGCACUGUAGAGGACCUCGAGAGGGGCACCCUUAAUGCGCAGGAUAGAAAUGUGUUAGUGAAGCUGAGUAUACUAAACUACGUCUAUGGUAAACAGGUAGUUACCUUUGAUGCAUUACUAAAAAACUAUGCACAGGCAGGUAUUGAAUUAACAGACAACGACAUCGAGAUGAUACUGUUAGAGUUAUGUAAUCACGGUAUCAUGGAUGUAUCAAUAGACUCUGUUGCUCGUGAGGUGAAAGUUUUGCAACUGUCUCGGUACAGAGAUGUGUACUGUGGUGAAAGAGAAUUAUUGGUCGUUAAUCCGACCAAAGUCAUUACAAACAUCGAAAUAAUAGAUACAUUACAAGCGUAUUCAGACAAGUUGUAA